AACACAUACAGUUUCGCAUGUUGAACUGAAGGUGGCUGACGUGAAACGCCGAAAACAGUAGAGCAGGGAGAGGAGGAUGCAGGGUUAACAUUGGCCGUUGAAUUGUGCGCACUAGGACCACGCAGCCUUUCUGACCGGAGCGGAGCGCACUGCUGCGCCGCGUCUCUUUGUUCCAGUGCUCGGUAUCUCUGCCUCUCUCUCGGCAAUCUGCAGUCUCUCCUCCUCUGCCUUGCCUUACUGUGCACCGGGGUGGAUUAUCCAGAAGAAUGGCUGUCAACCUGACCGAGAAUAGACAGGUCCUUCUCACUGCCUACAGCGAUGUGAUCUCGGAGACAUCUUCAACGGACUGGGCUCUUUUCACCUAUGAAGGCAGCACAGAUAAUCUCACACUUGUGUCAUCUGGAGAGCAAGGUCUGACUGGCAUUACUCCCUUGUUUGAUAAUGGCCGCAUCAUGUAUGGGUUCCUGGGCGUCAAGGAGCCUGCCAGCGCCGUCCUGCCCCAGUACAUCCUGAUCAACUGGGUCGGGGAGGAUGUGGCGGACGUCAGGAAGUGCAUCUGUGCAAGUCAUGUGGCCACGAUUGCAGACUUCUUGCAGGGUGUUAAUAUAACCAUAAACGCCAGCACUCUUGAGGACAUUGACCCCUCUGCUAUCGGCCAGAGACUCACCAACGGGGUGGCCACCGGAACCGGUGCUGUGCUCAACCGCCUCCGGGCCAAGGAGGAUGACAAUAUGGGGUCAAACCUCGCGAAGGCCAACUCUGCGGUGGAGGUCCGCAACAUGAACUGGGAGCAGUUCUGGAAACAGGCUCAGCGUGAGGAGGAGGAGAGGAAGGAGGAGGACAGACGGAGGUCUCUGGAGGAGAGGCAGCGCUUUGAGGAGGAGCGCCAGGCUCUGGAGCUCAGGGAGCAGGAGGAGAGAGAGCGCCGCGGCCGCGAGAGGGAUUCACAGAUCGAGGAGUGCAGAAGGAAGAGGGUGGAGGAGGAGGAAGAGAUGGAGAAGUCACAAACAAGAAUUACUGUAAGACCUGAACUAGAGGAUCAGGCCCAGCCUGAUAAGAAAGAGGUAGAGGUGAGCGAGGCGAAGGCCAUCAUUGCACAGCGCACGUCAAACCCGCGGGACUAUUUCCGCCAGAGGGAGAGGAGCAUGGCUUCCCCCCACUCCCCCUCUGCCACCACCCCCAUCCAGAGGCCGGACGGCCUUUCUGAUGACGUGGCCCCCACCCCCCUGAAACCCCCCCAGCAGUCUCCCUGCCGACCCCCAGCCCCAUCCCCACCAUCAUCACCACCUCCAUCCAGGACUCGGACCAAAACAUGGAGUGGGGUGAAGCGGACCCGUCUGUCCAAUCCUACUCCGAUAACCUGAUGGACGACCAGCCCUUCAACCCGUCCAGCACCGACCCAUUCGGCGACUCGUUUGGCAAGCCUCUUCAGCCGCAGCCUGGCGCCGCCACCACCCACGCCC